CGAGUACAGAUGGACUCAAUGCUGGAUGGUAAUUUUUUGUUUGUGGUGUAACGACCUCGCCACAACUAAGAAAUAGGUCACACACCUGUAACCGAUACACCUACGACUAAUAUACAUGUGUACGUAUACCUACCCGGAAACCAAGGGCCAGUCUGACGUCGAGGAGAACCCUUCAGUUCGGACAAACGUCAAUUUCUACACAGAUGAGGCAGACUAUAAACCAAACUAUUAACAUGUGAUUGUGAUGUAAGAGGGGUGACAGAAACUCGAAAAAUGUUAAAAUAGGAAACCGACAUUGUCUAGCCCAUCACGAUGGCAACAUGCGCUGAAGCAGACGACACCCCCGACAACAAGGAGGUUGUGGUUGCCAUUGAUUUUGGGACAACUUAUUCUGGAUACGCUCUUGCCUACCAAAAGGACUACACCCACGAUCGCCAUACUCUCCAUAUCAAUGGGUGCGAUUUUAAAAGUGGAUACUCCUUGAAAGCUCCAACAUGUAUCCUCUUUAAUACACAAGGGCAGUUUCACUCAUUUGGGUUUGACGCCGAGAACAUGUAUGCAGAAUUGACAUCUACAGACGAGCACACAGGCUGGUACUACUUCCGGCGGUUUAAGAUGAUGCUGUAUAACAACCCAAGUAUAAGCCACCACUCCACUCUGCAGGAUUACACAGGAAAAACAAUGAACGCCAUCACGGUAUUCUCAGCAAUCAUCCUGCAUCUUCGUCAAGAAACAGUUCGAAAAAUGAGAGAGCGAUCCGUUGGUGCUGGUAUCCAGGACGACAAAAUUCACUGGGUACUAACUGUUCCCGCCAUCUGGUCGGACCAAGCUAAGCAGUUCAUGAGGGAGUCGGCCAAAAGGGCUGGAAUACGUUCUGAACAGCUGGAUAUCGCCUUGGAACCGGAGGCAGCGUCCAUUUACUGUAAGCACAUGUCUGUCAACAGGCGAGAACAACAAGAUGACGGGGUUGGCCUGGAGACCAUUCGUCCAGGCACUAAGUACAUGGUGCUAGAUGCAGGAGGUGGUACUAUCGAUAUAACCGUUCAGCAGGUCCAAGACGACGGUUCACUCCAUCAGGUUUACAUGGCGAACGGGGGAGACUGGGGAGGGACAAAGGUGGACAAGGCGUUUGAGACGUUGCUUAUAGAGCUAGUUGGUCAGAAAGUUUGGGACGCGUUCAAAAUUGCCUACAUGGAUUCCUAUAUUGAAAUCUUCCGCGAGUUCGAAACCAAGAAGCGUACAAUAACACCAGAUACUGUAGCUAGGAUAACAUUUAAAGUACCAAUCACUCUCCGGGACAUUUACGAAGAAAUGAAAGAAGACAAUCUCAGUACAUUUAGACCGGAAGGUGGCGGAGACCGGAAGUUAUACUGGAAAGGUGACAAGUUGCGUGUCGAUGCUGCGCUGGCAAAGAAUCUUUUCGAAGAAACAUGUGAAACGAUUUUGAAACACGUCAGCGGGGUAUUUGAGGAAGAGGAAGGGACAGGAACUUCCAUUAUCUUGAUGGUUGGAGGUUUCUCAGAGUCACCAAUGCUACGACACGCCGUCAAAGAGAGGUUCGGUCGCACAAGGAGGAUUAUCAUACCGGAAGAGGCUGGACUGUCGGUCCUGAAGGGAGCGGUUCUGUUCGGGUUUGACUCUAAGCUUAUAUCUCGCCGUGUGAUGAAACACACUUAUGGAAUACAAACAUCCCGGCAGUUCAGGAAAGGCUUAGACCCAGACGCAACCAAAACCAUGAUUAAAGGCAGGCUUUACUGCGAAGACCGAUUCUCCAAACACACAGGGAAAGGGCAGUCUGUUACAGUCGACGAGGAAACGGACCCGAUAGAAUAUAACCCACUGGAUGACAGACAAAAAAUGGUUAUGAAGGUGUACAUUACGGACAAGUGUGACCCGGAGUAUUGUGAUGCUGACCUGUGUUCCUAUAUAGGGAAAAUGCUGGUCAGUCUUCCCAUGGACGUGCCUAUGUGUGAACGUGGCGUGACGGUUAGGAUGAAGUUUGGUGGGACGGAGCUGUCGGUCAGGGCCACGGUGAUGGCAACGAAGCAGAUGACCCAUGCCGAGUUCAACCUCCUUGAAUAGGGAUUACAUUUACUUGUACUUACUCUUUGAUACUAAUAUAUAUUUAUUAUUUUGUAAACAACGUUUAAUAUGAAACUGAAUCACUCAGAUGUGAUUUUGUUCGAAUAAUUUUCGAACAAGGUUUAAGAUAAAUAAGCCCUUCCACGCGUAAAUGUAUGUCUUUAUGACGUCACAAAUACACGUAGCACGAGAUUUUGUACUGACGUAUACAUCCACUAAAUAAUACGAAUCGAAAUGUACAUCUGUGCGGUAAACGCUAGUUAAAUGUGACGUCAGGCAAAUACGUGUGACAUGAACAUAAUGGCAUACAAACUGCACCUAUAUUUAUUCUGUAAACAUAUAAUUUAUUAUAUUUCUGCAUAACAAAACUUGUCGUUAUCCCUUUACUCUCCCUAUACGUAAACCAAACAGCAAUGUCAGACAAAACGACUUAAAGGAAGCAAUAAUACAUGUAGCAUGAAUGACUUUAAAAUGUUCGUAGCCAGUUCUUGUUUCAGUUAAUAAGAUUUGAUCAGCGGAUAGAAACCUCACUGUAACCAAAACGAGCUAAGGCUUUAAAAGAAAACUUGUUUAACAUGCAUUGUAUUACAUAGUCACAGGAUUGUUAUCGUAGGACAUGACAAACGGUUGUACACAUGUGCACGUCACUGUAGUAAGAUUCUCCUGGUGUUUGCUAAGCUGUUAAUAAAGGAUAACUGAUAACAAAUAUGUAUGAAAAUAAAAUGUACAACACUAUACACAUAGUCGUUGAUUUAGCAGGAGUGCAAUAAAUAGAAUAACGCUUGUUGAUUGAAAAUUUAAAAUUUGGAGCGGUCAAAAAAAGAUUUGUAAAUACCGAUUCAACUGACAUGUUUGUGUUCCUCCGACAUAAAGUAGUAUACACGGGGAUACUGAGUGUUCCACAACUUACAUGUAGACAAUACUACUGGGAAUCGUGCAUUUGAUCACAAUAUUUAUGUACUACCUACGCUUAGCCAUGUUGCUGACAUUUCACCGACAAGGUAUUAGCAAGACUUACGCGAUGCUGCUAUAUGAAUACGUAAAAUGAAUAUCAAUAAUAUUCUACAAAACUGAUGCUGUGUAGUUUAAACACAAUGUUUUAUGAUAUUAUACAAAUACGUCAUCAACAAUGAGUACCUGCAGUGUGAUAUCCGUUUCAUAUGAUAUUGUUUUUAUUGGGGUCAGGAUACGGCUGUUAUAUGUAUAUUUCUCUGUAGAAGAGAACACCACACAAACAUGGGUGAUUCCAUGUCUUAUACAGGAACAGCUGUAGUACUGUAGUUCAUGUAUACCUUAUACCACAUUUGUAAUUUGUAACUUGUAUUACUUUUAAUUAAAUUGAACUAAUAUCAUGUAAUAAAUUGAACUCAUAUAUAUACCUACUAAAUGCAUACUACUUUUAUAAUUAUCAUAACUUGACCUCUAAAUAUACAUGUAUAUUGUACCAUUUCUUUAUAUAUGUGACCAAAUCAAACAUAUACAAUGCAUGUAAAUGUGAGACAACACAUACUUGACCUACAACCAAACUAAGUAAUGCUGGUGUGGUAAACUUUGAAAUCAGCUUGUAUAACUACAGUAUAUGUGUGUAAAUUCAUAUGCUAAUGUAUAAAUGUAUUUAUGGUUUAAUAUUCAUCACAUAUUCCUACUUCACUUUGGUACUCAAUACAUGUUUAUAAUACAUAUGUUGCGUGUUCAUGAAAGUUCAUAAAAAGUAUAUGUUUACAAUGUUAUAUCCUUGUAAAAUUGAAUCUAUGAACUAUAUCCCAUGUCUUAUAACAUUCACCUGCCAUUCACAGUGGCGGAUCCAGAGACCUAU